GUCUAUUGUGUUGUCUUUAUGCCUAAGGUAGCAAGUUUAUCGGCAUUUCUUAGUUCGAUGGGAUCCGUACCUGUGUUGAAGUGGCCUAGGAAUGGUUAUAGAAAGCUGAAUCAUAAAGAAUCCGAUAAUGCACUACUUCCAAUGACCGAAUUGAAAAAGGGCAACAAGGCAUCCUUCGAAAAAAGUAAGAGUUGUCUUGAAAGUUCUGAUGAAUCUUAUGACAAGCAACUUUAUGGAUGGUAUGGUGCCAUUCAGAGACAGAUUCGAAGAUCUCAAUACCAAAUGCGAUACAGUCAACCAGUUCGAAUAACAGUUUCCAUUGUUGUUCUCCUUUGCUUGAUUGUUUUAAUUGUGAUUCGCGCUAUGUAGAAGGAAGAAGGCUUAGACACACGUGUUGAUAUCAGUUUGUAGCUGGCAAGAGCAUGAGGAAUGACAAGCUUUUGCUUCAAGCUAAUUUAACAUUUCAAAUGCUUUGGGAUUUAAUAUUUAUAGCCAACCAUAGCAUUUGCUCAGUUAUUCAUUUGUUGCUAAAAAGUUCUCCUUUUCUUCUUUUUUUUUCCCCUUCCUAUUUUAAAAUUGUUCAUCAAGAGCUCUCUCUUGUAGUGGUAUCACAAGUCAUAAGAUGCAUGAGAUGGAGAUGAAAGAGGGAAUGGACAUGUUAGAUGUGAUAUAUACUACUGUACCUUCUUGAUGAGCUUUGGUUUUGUACCGAAUCCUUUUGUAACAUGUACAUAUUCAAGAUGAUGUUUUAUUACUCUUUUCACUCAA